CUGGUGGUGCGGCUCCGCUUGUAUUUCCCGAAGCGUUAUGGUUUCAGUAUAAACUUUAAGGUCCUAAAAGAAGGACCUUAGGUUGUCCUGUUUACCGGGACAGCAGCAUGUCAGGCGGCGAGGGGUCAACCCCAAUAAAAAUAAAUCGCGGUACAGAUAUUAAAAAUGAGUGCGAUAAUGUUUGCGGUGACGCAGCGAUUAAUCCAACAUCUUCGUCGAGCGAAUCAGGAGGUUUAAGAAGAAGAAAAGUGAUCCACGCCGCCAAAGAGACUCUUGACAAAGCCUCGCGUCUCUUGAGACGCAAAAUACCAUGCACGGGUCAUCUGAUGACCCCCCGCCGCCUAUGGAUACAAAAAGUGCCAACGCAGGAAUGCGACGUGGUGGUGAUGUUCCCAAACGGCGCCCGGGACGAGACGUUAAUGUGGCUUUUAGGGAGACUAAGAGCUGGAACUCCGGGACUCGUUGUCCACGUACGACAUCACACCUCAUCUGACAGCUACGGUUUUUAUCUAACCGCUCCGUUCCCGGUACUCCUGAAGGCAGCGGAAGAGGUCCACUUACCGAAAACGCUACGUCAGGAGUUUGGAGGUGGUCUUAAAGAAUUCGUCGGUACCGAAGCGAGUUUUUUUGAGGGUAGCGACGACGAAUCACGCUUCUUUACCACCCAGGAACGACAGUCCCUCGUACUCCAUCUGCUUCACACACUGAGGGCGGGACAACAAGAUCUCCACAGUUUACCGGGACUGAAACUUAUCGAGGGACAAGCCAUCGUACCAAAAUGUAUAUCGGCUGGGGUUAUUUCACAAGUUUUUCCACUUCACGAGUUACCAGCUUUAGAAAAACUCCAGAGAACGUGGGUGAGGGCUUUCCUGAGUCCUCAACCACUGGACGACAUUUGUCGUUACUUCGGCGUUAAGAUUACCAUGUAUUUUGCUUGGCUCGGCCAUUACACCACCGCCCUUAUAGUUCCGGCUGCUGUGGGUGUCAUAUACUGGGUCGGCAUCAUCGGGCGGAACCAGGCGGUGGAGGAUGUGGCCUACGUUUUAUUUUCAAUUUUCAACGUUAUCUGGGCAACGGUUUAUCUCGAAACGUGGAAAAGACGAGGUGCUGAGCUCGCCUACCGUUGGGGAACUCUCGACCAACGUGACGAUUUGUUGGUAGAACCACGGCCGCUCUUCACUGUAAAUAUUCGCCAUCUUUUUAUCGCCGAAUCGAGAUCGCAAAAGCCGAAGGACGAUUUGUUUUUUUUUUUUUCCCCUUUUCUCCUACAGGGUACAUUGGAGAGAUCGCCGGUCACCGGACGACUGGAACCGACCUAUCCAACGUGGAGACGCAAUGUUUUUCGAUACUUCGUCAGCGUACCAGUCGUCGCUUUGUGCCUAUUUUUCGUCUUCGUAGUCAUGAUUCUAAGCUUCCAAAUACAGGACUGGUGGGACGCGGGACUCGAAUCUGCCGGUUACGGUUUCUGGUUGAGUUACGUACCGAAGGUUCUUCUCGCGGUGGUCAUCACCCUUAUGGACGAGGCUUAUUUCAAGGUCGCUGUAUUUCUCAAUGACAUGGAAAACUAUCGGCUCGACACCGAAUAUGAGAAUCAUCUGAUCUGCAAAGUGGCACUGUUUCAGUUCGUCAACUCCUUCUUAUCGCUAUUCUACAUCGCAUUUUAUCUGCAAGAUCAAGAAAGAUUGAAGGAGCAAUUAGCCGCUCUUUUAAUCGCACGUCAAGUGAUCGGCAACCUAAAAGAAUCGGCCGUUCCCUAUCUGGUCGAACAAUUACGCCUCGCUCGCCUGAGUUUCGAAUUAUUCGGAGCCCUGAGUCCGAGCGAAGCGAGACCGCCACCGGGGGAAGAAGUCCCAAGUUCGGUUUCCGAGGGUGCCGCGAGGGAAUCAAAGGAACAGAAAAAAAACGCUGCAGAGGAUGAUUCCAAGGAGGAUAAUCGAAACAAGGGAAAACGAAACGUCAGCCAAGCGGAGCUGGAGAGCUCACUGUAUAGAGUAGGAGACCCCUCAAAUUUCCUACUUAGUGAGAUUGCCUUGAAGUACGACGGAGCAUUUUCGGAGCACCUGGAAAUGCUGUCGCAGCUCGGUUACGUCUGCCUAUUUUCAUCGGCGUUUCCACUCGCCGCCGUAGCCGCUCUACUUGGAAACUUACUCGAACUUCGCGGAGAUGCGUUCAAACUCUGUUUCGUUCUUCAACGACCCUUCGGUAGAAGAGUUUCGAACAUCGGGACUUGGCAGAACGCGAUGGAGGCGAUGGGCCUCGUGGCGAUUCUCGUUAACUGCGCUCUGAUCAGUUUAAGCGGUCAAGUGCAAAGAAUGUUCCCCGAGAUGUCGGCGACGCAGACCAUUCUUCUCAUCGUCGCCCUGGAGCACAUUAUGCUAGCUAUUAGAUUCGUGAUCGUCUGCGUGAUUCCGGAUAUUCCAAGUUGGGUCGCCACCGAGAUGGCCAAGGUCGAAUUUCUGAGACGGGAGGCGGUCAGGCGACUAUCUUCGACACCCUCACCGGAGCAACAGCCCCAAACCGUUAUAGGGCGUUUCGUGGUCAGUCCAGCGGACGGUGAGGAAGACCAGGAAUCCCUCGAUAUAUCAAAAAAUGACGACGACUCGGCUUGUUCUAGCCAACCGGGAACGCCCGGAAUGGCGUCAUCCGCUCAAACUCCGAGCAAUCCUCCGACGCCGAGUGCCACCUUUGUUCCGAGAAUCGCGGAAACGCCACCGACUCUGGAAACUCCCGGAACUCCGGGCAGUGCCGGUGAGAGAAGCCCCAUGGGUUCCGGAAAUAACGGAAGCUUGCACCGCGAAGCCCAUAACACACCGAGGGCUUCCAUUCCCGGCGGGGAACGAGGAAGAAGAUCUCGAGACUGGCUGACGGGCGAACCAGCUUCGACCCCUGGAAGCGACCAUUACAGUCAUCACUUGACAAUAGGACCCCACGGAGGCGUUGAUUGGGUCCGAAGAUUAGGUCUGGAAUCUGGAGGCCGGAAAACGAGUGAUUCUGAAAUCAGCGGAACCGGAAACGGAAACGGAAGCGGCGAUGAUUUGGCCUUACGUCGUUCGACAGAUUGCAUCGUUUCCAAGGAGCUGGCGUCCUCUUCGGAUAGCGAUUUACUUAGGUCGGCACCACCCUGGGCGACGGCGCACAGAGUUCAAAAGUUCCGAUUUUCACCUGAAAAAGAGCGAGAGCUAGCUAUGGCGGAGAAACAGUUGAGGGAGCAUCAACAUCAGAUGGAAAUGCGUCGAGAGCAACGGGAACAGAGGGAGCAAAAAGAGCAACGGGAGCAAAAGGAGCAACGAGAGCUGAAAGAGCAGAGGGAUAGGGAAAACAGGGAAAUACGAGACCAUCGCGAACGUCACUCUCAUCACAUGCAUCACGAAAAAGAACGAGACGGAGGGACGUUAUCGGACUCAAGUAGAACCGUUUCGAGUCAAGAGGACGAAAAACCGUCGAAGGAGGAACGCGAGGCCAAGAAAACUAGGGUUAAACAGAGCCUGAUGAAAAGGGCGCGUUCAGUUGCAAUAUUUUCAUUGAAAUUGAAAGAACGAAGGGCGAAGGAGGCUGAGAUGAAGGCCAAGGAAGCGGAAAGAGAAGCCAGAUGGCAACAACCUCAGUCGUGCGUCGGUGGAGAAUUGUCCUGCAUCCCCAUCGAGAAACUUAUAUCCGUUGACGAUAUCGCGUCGAUGGAUAUGCGCAGAAAGAAUCAUUAGUUUGAAAACUAAUUACUAUAUGAUUAAAUACAAUUAUACUUUUGAAAAUUUUAUCUUUUUAUUACAUGGCGGUGCAGCAGCAGCAACGAUAAUGGUGAUAUAUUGAUGCUAUUGUACGUGGAUCACAUUUUCACGAGUCUUCGCUCUUGGAGCAGAAGUAUUAUCGAUCUGCAAUCGUUCGGGACCGAGCUAGAGCUGAUUACGAUUUUGGCAAAUUCUCGAUCCAUAUCUAAUGUUAUUUUUCUCAGCGUACGUCCGAAGGCAAAUUACCACCCAUUCGGAAGUUGGAAAAGCCAUUCACAAUCAGACAAGUCACGUUUCACCGUUCACAUGAAACAACGAAGAAAACGAACUUUCGGUAUUACGUUUCAUUUCAUUUUCUUUUUUUUUUUCUUUUCAUUUUUGUUCCUAUUUUUGAAACGAUUACUCGAGGGCCCGACUGUAAUGAGGUAAGUCCCCGAUUCCUACAAACGAACAAAGGAUGUGAAACUUUGGCAAUACAGUUUAUAUGCGAAUGUUAAAGAUGUGCGGAGGUUGAGAUUAUUAUAGUGCUAACAAUAAGCUAAAAGUGUUAUCGACUGAUCGUGGCGAGACCGACAACCACGCGUGUACAGUAGUUUUUACGUUCGGAAAAUAGAUAUGUACAUAUUUCAUGGACGUAUAGAGAAAAGGAGAAGAGAAAACAUUCUGAAUUCGAAAUUCCGGCUGCGUUUAAACAAUGUUCCAUGAAUAAUAGUAAUAAUAAUAAUAUUACGAAUUCCACGUUAGAGAUCAUAUAAUGUCCCAUAUGUGAUUCCGCAUGAAGUAAUAACUCUAAAUAAGAAGAUGCGACUAACACACACACCGAUCAGGUUGCGAUUAGUAUCAAUUGUUAAAUGAUAGCGAUGAUGACGACGACGACGAUGACGACGACGACGACGACUAUGAGGAUGAUCAUGAUCAUGAUCGUUAUCGACGAGCGCACAAUAAGAUAAAACAUCGAUAGAUGGUUAGCCAUAUAGUGUAAACCGUAGUUAAGGAACACCGGUAGCCGCAACGAAUAAUAGUUCACACCUCCUAGUAUAGUUUGAUAAGAAAAGGAACACGCAGAGAAAUUAUUGAAAUGAAAGCAGAAAUAGAUGAAAACCUGCAGACAUAAGGAAACAUCUGUACGCGCAGAGCGUACUUCCGCGCGAACAGAAUGAAAAACAACAAAACGGGAACGACUAUCGGCCGAUUGGAGGAUCGUUAUUGCAAGUUAUAUACGUAAUUAUGGUCAAUGCAAUCUCUUUACUCACAAGCCCGAUGGAAACUUUUCCACUGCAUAAUAGUUGAGCAGAUAUAUUCGCAUACAGCUGGCGAGUGCUUCCCAUUCGGUAUCAAACGCGUCGCAAGUUUUCUCAUUACGUAACCGGAAGGUUCCGAUUUACAACAGAUUUGUAAGUAAAUCAGCAUCCUCCGAUAAAUUCAUUCAUUCAACACCCCGUUUAUUUACGAUUUUUUUUUUUUCUUUCAAUUACCGAACGUCGUUCAUAUGUGGUGUCUGUUGAGUGAAUUUCAAUGAGGAUAGUGACGUCCCAUGUAGCGAAACGGAGGGUAGUAUGUAAUCCGAUUCUGCAGUCGGAUGAUCAAUCUUGAGAUGCAGAUUUCCUACAAGAUCUGACAGCAGAUUUUGCGUUACUCAAGUGGCGUAUCCGUCGUGACAUGUCAGUCUUCAAGCUCUUCAAAUAAGCCAAAGUCUGACCAUCGGCGACGGAAUGCUUGGGGUAGGUGGAGAACGCCAAUUAUGAUUUUCCGGAUAUUCGUCAUCGCUAUAUUAUAUUUCGCGAUCCUUUGCGCCGCAACGGUACCGAGCGAAACUUGUUCACUUGUGAUUCGACGUUCGACCGAUUCACGAGUUACAAAGAUCAGCGCCAGAGAAAUUUGUCUUGGUGGAUCCUAAAUUCGGACGCAAUAGAGACAGACAUGGCGGCGUAUCUACCGCAAAUCUUGUGACCGAUGCUACAUGGGAUUUUAUUGAUUCCAAACUACGUCUACAGCAGGGAUAUCACAUUUGUUAAAACCAAGUAGACAAGGGCUUUUUCUUAGUCUUUUUUUGUCACGUUGUAGUUUUCGUACUCCGAUAUUAUGUCGAGGGAUGAAAAUUUGCUAUGGGGAGUCAGUGAUUUGUUUACCGAAAAAACACUGGAAGAUAUUCUGCGCGGGGUUUCCAAGG